AUGGCGUCCCUCAGUGACAUCCAGAAGAGCCAAGACUUUGCCAUCAAGAGCGAGUCUGUCGCGCCCCAGCUCGACACGUCGCAGUGGCCGCUCCUCCUCAAGAACUAUGACAAGCUCAUCGUUCGUUCCAACCACUUUACGCCCAUCCCAUGCGGUGUCUCGCCGCUCAAGCGCGAGCUCAAGACGUACGUCCAGUCGGGUGUGAUCAACCUCGACAAGCCCUCGAACCCGUCGUCGCACGAGGUCGUCGCGUGGCUCAAGCGCAUCCUGCGCGUCGAGAAGACUGGCCACUCGGGCACCCUCGACCCCAAGGUCACGGGUUGCCUGAUUGUGUGCAUCGACCGUGCGACUCGCCUCGUCAAGAGCCAGCAGGGCGCCGGUAAGGAGUACGUCUGUAUCGCGCGCCUUCACGACACGGUCGACCAGAAGGACGUUGAGCGGGCCCUCGAGACUCUUACCGGCGCGCUGUUCCAGCGCCCGCCUCUCAUCUCAGCUGUCAAGCGCCAGCUGCGUGUCCGCACCAUCUACGAGUCCAAGCUCAUCGAGUACGACCAGGAGCGCAACCUCGUCGUGUUCUGGGCCUCGUGCGAGGCUGGUACCUACAUGCGUACCCUGUGUGUUCACCUGGGCCUCAUUCUUGGCGUUGGAGCGCAUAUGCAGGAGCUGCGCCGUGUGCGCUCGGGCAUUACUGGCGAGAACGACGACAUUGUUACCAUGCACGACGUCCUCGACGCCCAGUGGUUGUUCGACAAUACUCGCGAUGAGACGUACCUCCGUCGCGUCAUUCGUCCCCUCGAGUCUCUCCUCACCAACUUUAAGCGUGUCGUCGUCAAGGAUUCGGCGGUCAACGCCGUCUGCUACGGUGCCAAGCUCAUGAUCCCCGGCCUGCUGCGGUACGAGCAGGGCAUUGAGGUUGGCGAGGAGGUUGUUCUCAUGACGACCAAGGGUGAGGCAAUCGCCAUUGGUAUUGCGCAGAUGAGCACGGCCGACCUGGCGUCGUGUGACCAUGGCGUCGUCGCAAAGGUCAAGCGCUGCAUCAUGAACCGCGACCUGUAUCCCCGCCGCUGGGGCUUGGGCCCCAAGGCUCAGGAGAAGAAGAAGAUGAUCAAGGCCGGCGAGCUUGACAAGUACGGCAAGAAGAUUGACGGCGUCACUCCCCAGAACUGGAACAAGAGCUACAUCGACUACAACGAGGCUGCGCCCGAGGCCAAGAUCCUCCCGACCCAGCCCGAGGCUUCUGCGUCUGCCUCAAUCGCCGAGAUCCCUGCUACCCCCGCGUCCGACGACAAGAAGCGCAAGCGCGACGACGCCGAUGUUUCCAUGUCCACACCGGCCGACGGCAAGAAGAAGAAGGCCAAGAUGGUCAAGAACGCCGACGGGACCGAGCGCGAGGAGACCGCCGACGAGCGGGCAGCGCGCAAGGCGCGCAAGGCCUCCAAGAAGGCCUAA